UUCAAAAUAGUUAAUUUUUCUAUCCCUCGAUAUGGCUGGCGAUCAGUUAAUUGUGUCUCCUUUAAAUCUGAGCUUUCUGGCUCCCAUCUCGCAUUUCCAGAAGCGAAUGAUAACAAUGAUCAAUGCCAGUGACGAGGACGUAUUCUUCCGCAUUCAAAUCGAUAAUGAUACCGAUUACAGUGUGAGUCCAAUGAAAGGCAAGGUGAAAGCUUUCGAUAGCACCGAGUUGACUGUAACUCUAGAGCCAGUUAUUAAGGAUAUUCCUGAAUGCUUCCUGACUGUCAGGAGCAUACCAGUAAAAAAGUUCGCUAAUAUAGAGGAGGAAUGGAACUCAACGAUUGUAAAAAUGGGAUUGAAUUCAAAGAUACCAUUUCUACUUGAAGAUGAACCCAUAAAGAUGUACCUGCAAUCUAAGCCCAAUUGUUCCAAAGAUUGCUCGAAAAAAUCGUCCUGGCUUACGGGCGUUUUAUUUGCUUUAGGGAUUCUUGGUCUUAUUAUGUCUGCCUAUUUCAGUUUCAUCUUGAAGUCUAAGCUCAUCUUUUGAGUGCGAAUCAAUUGAAUUAUGAAUUAUGCAAAUCGAAAUCCGCGCCCCAAGCGGAUUUCUACCAGCCCCCACUAACAGUUACCUAAAUCAAUCAUACGCGCCGUUGGCCUCAUUAGGCAAGCGUUUAGCUCAGCCGCCUCCUGUACGACCUCCUGAUCCCCUCCUUUUUACACUGAGAGAGAGAGGGAUUAAGUCAACUAA